ACGGAACAUCCAACUCGCUGGCAACACUCAACUUUCCGCUUAAAUUGGUCGGAUAAACCGGGGCCGGCUCGGCGUUAGAAAAAGUAUCGAUCGAGCACGAGGAGUAGCCGAUCGUAUAUUGACUUUCUUGGGCAUAGGAAUCCAACAUGAAGUCUCCCGUAUCGGUUGCCGCUGGCUUACUACGUGGUCGAUCACCCGUGACGACGUGGUUACUUGGUGCGCUAUGUCUUCAAUUAUUGGCUACUGGCGUUCAUGCCGAUGAUGUUGAACCUUUAGAAUCGACGAUUGAAAUGAUACGAACUGCGCUGGUCACGAGAUCGACUACGUGUCGUGCCAUUAUAUCUUCAUUCAUCGCGCGUAUCGAGAAGUUCAACCCCACUAUCAAUGCGAUCAUUAGCUCGGAUACGGAUGCCCUGCCUGCAGCCGACAAACUAGAUAUGAAACUUGUCCCUGGUGAUCCGGGCGGCAAACUGCUAUGCGUACCAAUCUUGUUAAAGGAUAAUUACGACGUUUGGGCUCUUGAUACGACUGGAGGAAAUUCUGAUUUGGCUAAGAAUGGAGCGAAUGUGGAUUCUGCCAUCGUCAAGGCGUUCAAGGAUGAAAACGCUAUCAUAUUGGGGAAGACAAACAUGCAUGAAUUGGCGCUCGAGGGCCUCACAGUCUCAUCCUUAGGAGGACAGACGAUCAACCCGUACGACCACACUCGAACUCCUGGCGGUAGUAGCGGCGGAACUGGUGCUGCGAUUGCGGCCAGUUUUGCGGUGGUUGGCACUGGGACAGAUACUGUCAAUAGUUUAAGGAGCCCCGCAAGUGCGAAUAAUCUCGUGAGUAUACGGCCAACUCGUGGUCUUCUCUCGAGAACGGGUAUCCUGCCCAUUAGUUUUACGCAAGACAAUCUCGGGCCCAUAACAAGGACCAUCGAGGAUUUGGCUAUCGCAUUAACCGUUAUGGCAAGCGUUGGCGCCGAUGAAGCUGAUAAUGCCACCUUAACUGUACCACCCGAGGCCCGAGGAAUAGACUAUUCAAACGGGUUGAAUGAUGGCGAUCUGGAGGGACUUCGGAUCGGGCUACUCGAUGGGUUCUGGAACCACACAGCAUCCAACGAGACCACGCCGGUAAACAAUGCCCUAGCAAGUACCAUCGAAUUCUUGAAAUCCCAAGGCGUGGAGAUAGUUAAUGUGACGGACAAAAUCUAUGAUGCGUCAGCCCUUGCCAACUAUGAUGUUCAGCAGUACGAGUUCAGAGAAAGUUUGGACAAUUAUCUCUCGAGUCCAGAUCGUUACGGCGAUAGACCAACCACCUGGGACCAGGUGUACGAAAGCGGAAAGUUUUUGGUCGUUCCAGCCCAAUAUCAAUUCAUUAAAAACGCUAGCGUCUCUUCUACCGCCAAUGAAACGUAUGCGACAGCCCUAAAAGGCAUCGAGAUGUUGAAACAGAAAGUUAAUGAAACCUUCGCCAAGUUCGAACUGGAUGCGGCAAUCUACCCCGAGCAGAAGAACCUCGUGGUCAAGAUUGGGUCGCCCACCCAAGCCGGACGUAACGGUAUCCUUGCUGCGUUGACCGGUGUCCCGGUAGUCACUGUGCCGGUUGGCUUUUCAGAACCAUCGCAGGAUGCUCCGAUUGGCGUUCCUAUCGGAAUGGAAAUAUUGGGACUUUCGUUCUCCGAAAGCAAGUUGUUAAAUAUUGCUAACCAUUUUACUCGUCUUCGUCCGAUGCGCAAAGCGCCCGCGUUUGCGGAUUCUACUGUUGAGGCGGGACCUUAUUUAAGUGUUCCUAUAAUACAGCCGAAUGCGAAAAAUAUCCCUUCCGCAUAUCCGGUCGGAAAACUGUCAUCCUAAUAUGGAGAUAGGAUAUGCAGUAAGAGAUAUAUAAUUGGAGUCGACAGGGGAAUUUAAGAGGUGUUAUUGGAGUGCGGCUCAUUUAACCCACCAACCUCCAUACAUGUGUACAAAGUCCCGAAUCAAAUGGAGAUGGAGAAAUUUCCCGAAUGGAGGAAGAGUUUCGAACCAGGUGGUAUAUAUAUGUAGAUUGAUAGACCGGUCUGAGGGUUUUAAUGAAUUAUGAAGGAUCUUUCCGAUGGUUCACUGCAUCGUGCCGAUGACCGGCCCCCUGACGGGCCAGAGGAAAGAC